GGUCUGGUUGAGUGUUCGACCGGUCGGGUCGCUGCUGGACAGCCGGUGAUCGUGCUGCAGGCUGGGAGGAACCGCGGCCCAGGGCGCGUGAGCAGCCCGUUCCCUACGGGCACUGAGAAGCCUUCGUGGGCGGCUGCAGCUUUCCGGAAGUUGAGUGCGAUUUCACACGUGUAAGUUGCUCCUGGCCCCGUCCUUGCUGUCUGCUCCUCCCGAUUCUCACCACGAGUGCACCGCCACAACACUUGGACCCGAAGGUCUGCUCCCUUUCGCCUCCUCCUCCUCCUGUUGGGCCACCCCCUCCUACUCAGGGCCACCGCAAGCAGGAACUGAGAAGGAUAACUCAGAGGGACCUGCGUCCAGGAAGGAGCCGCACCACCACGCCCCGCUGACACCCUGUGCGUCCCUCGGCUGUAGCCCUGUGUGUGCUGCAUUGCGACCUCUGGAGAAGCAGAGAGCAGUGGAGGCCGGGAGCUGUGUCCCUCUGUGUUCCCGGCAACUGAGGGUCUAGCGCAUAGUAGACAGUCAGCAAAGGAGAACAGUUGAGAGAACGGCGCAGUUGGUACUGCGGCCCGUCGUGCAGCAGCCGUGGUUAACUCCCCGCUGUGUGUGCUCGCUCUGUGUGCACACGAACAUUCACUGUCCUUCUGAAACACCUGAAGGUACGUUUCAGCAUCAUCUGAGAAUAAGGAUGCAUGACCAUGAAACAUUCAUCUCACCUGAGCAAAUUCUCACUUGGUAUCUCUAAACUUUGUCUGUAAAGGGCCCGUCAGUAAAUGUCUUCAGCCUUGCAGGUGAGAUGAUCUCUGUGGAGGCCACUCAGUCCUGCUAGUGUUGCAAAAACGCAGCUGGAACGAGACCUGAACAAGUGGGUGAGUGGGCGCAGUGUUCCAGUGAAGCCUCAGGCCCAGUGACGGGCUUUGGGCUCCGUUCGGUCUUUGAGCCGUAGUUUGCUUAUUUAGGUUUCUGAAUUCUUCAAACCAUAAUGUUUGUAUCUUUUUAAAACUCCAGCCAAGUUUACACAUUGUGUUUUGCUAUGUUGCUUUAAUCUAGACCAGGGCUGUCAAAGUGAUUUUCACCGAGGGCCACAUCAGCCUCACGAUUGCCUUGCAAGGGCCGAAUGUAGUGUUAGGACUGUAUCCAUGUAACUACUCCUUAACCAGGGGCAAGGAGCUCAGCACCGCUGCUGGGCGGAAACAAGGUGGAGGUGUUUUCCACCUGUGAUCUAGACCCUACCUUCCCCGCACCCUGUUAUUUUCGUGAAAUUGAUUGUUUUGAAGAGCCAGUGCCUGUUAUAGAUGCACCGCACUCUGGAUUCAUCUGAAAGUUUACUCAUUAUUAGAGUCACAUAAACAUUUUCAGAGAUGAUGCUAUGUAGGUGGGAAGGUACAAAGUCAGUUGUCUCACCAUCGGAGCUGCUAGAUUCUAUCACUUACACCUUAAGUGUAUGACAUCUCCAUUUUUCCUUUUGUCAUUAAUAAGUGGUGAGCAUGGAGGGUCAUUGAGGCCGAGAACGUCCCCCGUGUCCUCCCCCGCUUUCACCCAGUGGCUCUGCCCAUUUGUGGUCCUUGAUUGAAUCAAUUAUUUCACAAAGAGCUACAAGAUGAAUUUUCAAAUGUAUUUUUUCUAUGUCAGGUGGCAGUCUUGUGUAAAACAGAGUUUUCUCAUUUUGUAUGUGUUCCUUCUUUAGGCAUUAAAUUUUUUUUAAUUAAAAAAUUUAUUUUUAGAGAGGGGAAGGGAGGGAGAAAGACAGGGUGAUAAACAUCAAUGUGUGGUUACCUGUCAAGCGCCCCCUGCUGGGGACCUGGCCUGCACCCCAAGCAUGUGCCCUGGCUGGGAAUCAAUCAAUAGGCCACCCUUUGGUUCGCAGGCCCGCACUCAAUCCACUGAGCCACACCGGCCAAGACUAGGGAUUUUUUUUUCCAGAGGGAACAAAAUGGAUAGUAAUUGUUGAAAAUGUACCUGCCCAACACAGGGGUAUUGCUAUUGAUCUUGUUAUCAUUGCUACUGCUAUUACUGUUUCUGUGAUUCUUGUUAUUAAAUUUCCAGGAGUGUUCCUGAGGAGAUAAUCCAAAAGAAAGUUCUCCAAGACAGAGAGAGCAGUCUGAAGCCGGAGAUGGCAUCAGUAUUGGUCAGUGCUCCUUCUCUGGCUCCUCUGAAUCUGAAGAAGGAUUCAGGAAGGCCAGUAAAGGAUGGUCACCACACUGCUAGGGAGCAGGGAUUCAGACAUCCAGGAAAUGGCACUGGCCUUGAACGGGAGCCGCUGUGCAGACAGUUCAGGCAGUUGCGGUACGAAGAGACCGCAGGACCUCGAGAGGCGCUGCGCCGGCUCCACGAGCUCUGCCGGCUGUGGCUGCGGCCCGAGACUCACAGCAAAGAGCAGAUGCUGGAGCUGCUGGUGCUGGAGCAGUUCCUGCGCAUCCUGCCAGCGGGGCUGCGAGCUCGGGUGCGGGAGCGGCGCCCACAGAGCGGCGAGGAGGCCGUGGUUGUACUGGAGGACCUGCAUGCAGAGCUGCAAGAAACUGGACAGCAGGUGGAAGAGGACCUAGGACAGGCAGAGAAGCAGCACGUGAGUGUGGAAGAGACAGCGGCUCUGAAUGCUGCACGGGCCCAGCAGGUCACACCUGAGCAAGCAGAUCCGAAGCCUGAAACAGAACGAGGUGAAGAGACAAUGACUGAGAAUAAGAUGCCAGCUGUAGAGACAGACCCUUGUGGAGGGUCGGAAUCGACUGGGAAAGUGUCUGAGCCCGGAGAGCCACACCAUGAGGACUCUCACUUGGAAAGGCAGCAGGCCAAGCCCAAGGAGAAGACCGACUGUAACCGGUCAGCAGGUGGGGAGGGAGUCCUCCAGCACUCAGACCUGCUUGGACAGGACGGUAUGCACAGCGCAGGACAGCUGUGUGAACCCAGUCCUCCUGGGCGUCAGAAAAUCCGCUCUAGAGAGAAAAGCCAUCAGUGUCAUGAGUGCGGGAAAGCCUUUCAGAGAAGCUCACACCUUGUCAGACAUCAGAAAAUCCAUCUUGGUGAGAAGCCUUAUCGGUGCAAGGAAUGUGGGAAGGUGUUCAGCCAGAAUGCAGGCCUCUUGGAGCAUCUCAGAAUCCACACUGGAGAGAAACCUUUUCUCUGUAUCCACUGUGGGAAGAACUUCAGGCGCAGCUCUCACCUGAACCGGCACCAGAGGAUCCACAGUCAGGAGGAGCCCUGUGAGUGCGGGGAGUGCGGCAAGACCUUUAGCCAGGCCCUGCUCCUCACCCACCACCAGCGAACCCACAGCCACUCCAGGGGCCACCAGUGCCACGCCUGCGGGAAGGCCUUCAGCUUGACCUCAGACCUGAUUCGACAUCACAGGAUUCACACUGGAGAAAAACCUUUCACCUGCAACAUAUGCCAGAAAGCCUUCCGACUGAACUCCCACCUCGCUCAGCACAUGCGGAUCCACAAUGAAGAAAAACCCUAUGAGUGCAGUGAGUGCGGAGAAGCCUUCAGGCAGAGGUCAGGUCUUUCUCAGCAUCGGAGGUACCACCACAAAGACAGGCCGGCUCACUGAAGUGCCCUCCCCGCAUGGGACGUCGGAGACAGAACAUGAACAAGCAAGCCGAACUUUAGGAGAGUUCCCUCUAGCCAACCCUGGGGUUGAGCGGGUGGACUUGGAGGCUGUCUGCCCCCACUCUUCCUCCUUUGUUUUCCUUGGAGUCAGCUUUGUUCUACGAUAACUGACCAAGAUGGCACUGGGGGGUCGGAGUUGAACAGCAUCCUUGACGCAGGAGUUCUCAGAGCCCUUGACGUGGUGCAGACCUUGGUGAUGCGUCUCCAGGUAGCAGAGAACCUGGUGACUGAGUGAGGGCUUUGAAGCCAUCAGCAAGCCAGCUAUCCACAGAUGUACAGGCCGAAGCAGAACAAGAGCAGGUGGAUAUUUUUUGCAUAUGCUACAGCAAGAGACUGCUAUAAAACCAAACAGGUGUGUUACAGUGCAGGUUAAUGGUGACUGUGCCCCCCGGUGGCUUUACUAACCCCCAACCAGCAGAGGCAUUUUGGAAAGCCAAGAUGCCCUAAUUUUACCAUUCCUCACCGCCAUCCCUGCCGUGAGAUCUCAUUGAUUCCAGUUAGAAAUUAAACUGGAGAAAAGAUUCCUCAGUGAUUUGAAGGAACUGUGCCGAAUUCAUGUAGCUGCUGUCGCUCUUCAUAACUCCAGUGCAGGGUAGUGACUGCCGCCUAGACAAUUGAGUACAUGUCUGAUGCAAUUUUAAAAUGCUGCUUGUUCUGGAAUUCUUUGAAACUCAAAUAAUAAAAAGUCACUUGGAGAUUA